UCUCCGAAGACAGAAGAGAAGAGAAUAUUGAAAUGCUGAAAUCAUUCAAUACAAUACCGAAAUAUCUGACCCAUAGUUUGAAAGACGGGCUAACAUUCUCUAAUGCCAAAUAUUCUUUUUUUAAUUGAUACCAGUGGUUCCAUGAAUCAGAGGACUUAUUAUGGGACUACUUUUCUGGAUAUUGCCAAAGUUGCAAUCGAAAAUUUUUUGAAGAUUCGUCAAAAGUGCAAUGGAAUCACUUCGGAUCGCUUUAUGCUGCUCACGACUGAAGAGUUCCCGAAGAACAUAAAGGUAAAUUGGAAAGACGCUCAGUAUCUACUUAACGAGUUAAAAUGUCUCGGAGCGAAAGGAGUGACACUUCUCGGCGAUGGCUUCAAAACUGCUUUCGAUAUGCUGAAUAUAAACCGGAUGAUAUCAAGAAUCGACAACUAUGGAAUGGGUCGUAAUCCAUGGUAUCUAGAACCCACACUUGUGCUCUGCCUCACGGAUGGACAUGCUUUUUCGUCCAACAAAGGUCCCGAUAUUGAGUUAACACUUCCACUGUCAAGUGUCCGUGGUUCUGAACUAACUUCAGAGCCAUACCGAUGGGAUCAGCGGGUCUUUUCCCUCGUUUUGCAGAUACCCGCAUUGGACGAAGUUCUAGACAGUUCGAAUCAACCUGGAGUGCCCGCGAGUGACAAUCGUGCUCUGAACGACCUCUGCGAAGUUACCGGAGGUCGAUCGUACAAAAUCACCUCAAUGAAAGUACUGAAUCAAUGCUUGGAGUCCAUUUCACAGAAGAUUUUGCAUGGAGUAGUGCUGAAAUUUUUGAGCAACUCUUCGAAAGCAGUACUCGGUGGAUUUUCAAAACCAGGUAAAAGAGAAAAUGACAUGAAUGGAGUGCCUAAUGGCGUGGAAGGCGAGAAACAGAUGUUCACAAACUGUCAGAAAAUGAUCAUAGUGAAGGCACCAGUGAAAGGUCAGCCCAACGGUCAGUGGCCCAUCCCAGAGCCCUACUUCGCUGACAGAAACAUGCACGAGCUAUGUGCACGCACCUCGCACCCGGAAGUGACCGUGAUCACUCACGAUGUGGUGGAUCCCUUGGAGUCCGACUACAUCAGCCCAGACGUGUACGAGAUAGAGGCCUGUCCGAUGACUCACUCCAUCCUAGAACGAAGCAAGAGCCAGUCUUUUGCGUGGCCCGUGUUCAUCGCGAAGAGCGGUCCUGGCGAACAUGGUCUGGGCUCGCCCUUCGGAUAUGUGCGCGCGCAUCCGCACGGACUGCGCAAAGUGAAUCUGUAUGUACUGCCCUACAACUACCCAGUUUUGUUUCCCCUGCUGACCGAACUGGUCAGGGUGCACAAGGCCAAGCCCCCCACCGAGUGGUGUAAGAGAUUUGACCAAUACAUCAGCUGCAUUCCCCUCUACUACGCAGUGCCGAUGCGUGAGGCGCUGAAGAAGCUGGGAGCGGGCCAUUUGGUGCCAGAGUCACUGGACUACUACCAGAGCCACAACAUUGCCAAUUAUCUGAAGAGUCUGAGCCAGCUGUCGAAGCAGGAGAGUGACAGAAUAGCGGCACUGCUCGGAAGACAAGACAGACUGCCACACAACCCGCCCGUCAAUGUCAUGCCGCAUUCUGCUGCUGAUGUGAGUCUAGCGAAGAGUCAAUCUAAUUUCCACCAGCUCAUUUCUUCUCUCACCGGGGAGACCCCCACUAGUAACAACGGGCAAGGCAAGGGGGGUAUGGCCAAAACAAGUAUGGACAGCUCCACCCCCAUGGCCAUGACGCCCCUGGAGCCACACGCGUUCGCAGGAUUCACCAUUCCGAACUUAGACCCAAAGUUCAAACCAGACAUGUUCAGGAAUCCUUUUGACACCAAGCGAGCUUCACUGGUGGACCAAGUGACGAAAAUGAGGAACAAUUUCAGCAACCUCUCCUUCUGGGGCAAACCCUUCUAUGACAUGGUGGACAAGCACAGUAUCUUGAUCAGUGCGAUGGGAAACUACCAGGAUUUCGUGAACAACCGAGUUCCCCCUCUGAGGGAGUUGGAACCCCACCCCUGCCCGGCAGCACGCCCUUUGGAAACCCAUACAAGCUUGCUGGUGGCGACAGAGACAAGAUGAUGAUUGACGAGACAGAAGAUUUUGACGAGCACCAGGUCUCCGCCUCGUUGUCCAAUCAGAGUUCUCCCUCUGCCGGAAGUGGCCUCGGGGGCUCCUCCCUCUCAGCACCAG